UCGGUCAGCACGUGGAGGACUUGUGCCCCAAGUCGAAACCCCAAAACUUGGGGCUCAAGUUCUCCACAUCCUUAUCGCCGCUCUCCCAUUUUUCCUCUGCGGAACGCCCUCUCCGUGCCUGACAAGCUCUCGUCUUCUUCCUCUCACUCUACUCUAUAAGUACAAUCAACAGAUUCAGACAUCUAUAUACUCUCCUCUCUCUUCACCAAGUGCCAGCAUCGUCGGUCUCGCUUGCUGCUGAAGGUUUCGCUUGUGCUUGGACAUAUUCCUUUAUAUCAUGGCAACUAGACUUCAGUUUGAAAAUUCAUGUGAGGUUGGAGUUUUCUCCAAGCUCACAAAUGCAUAUUGCCUGGUUGCAAUUGGAGGAUCUGAAAAUUUCUACAGUGCUUUUGAGGCGGAGUUGGCUGAUGUUAUUCCUGUGGUUAAGACCUCAAUUGGAGACACUAGAAUUAUAGGGCGGCUAUGUGCUGGGAACAAAAAUGGGCUUCUUGUUCCUCACACGACAACUGACCAAGGUACGUUUUAUGAUCUUGAAUUAGGAGUGUUGUUCUGGUGAUUAUGAAAUCAUUACAUGUGAAGUUUAUAUUACAGUAGGUAUCUACUUGGUCUGUUAUUCAUGUUUGCUUAACAAAAGACAUUCUCUUUUAAAGGCAAUUUGCAUCUCUCUGUUAUUAGCUUCUUAAUCAUCAAAUUACUAACUCAAAGCAUGGUAUUGUAAAUUUUGACUUGAUGUUGUUUUCAUGAU